AUGGACACGAUCGCAACGCUUUGGAACGCCGACACCCCAGAUGCGGCCGAGGCUCUUCUCCAGACCACCGCCGCCAAACCUCUCCGUCUACAAAAUUUUGUGGGCAACGAAUUCUACAAAGCCUCCUCAUCCGUCGACGCGCUAGAGUCGUUCAACCCUCGGACCGGCAAGGUACUGGUUCAUGUGCCAUCUAGCUCCGCAGCAGACGUAGACCAGGCCGUCGAUGCGGCAGCCGCUGCGUUCCCUUCCUGGUCCCGGACCCCAAGGCAAGAAAGGGCGCGCUUGCUACAGAAAGUCGCCCACCUAAUCCAAGAGAACAAGAAUCUGUUUGCUGUAUGGGAGAGCAUAGACCAGGGCAAGACGCUGGCUCGGGCAGAGGCCGAGGUUGACAGAGCCGCAACGAACUUCAGGUAUGGCCUCGUCGCACCUGAUUCCCCCCUCUACGCCGUCACGAAGAACUUUGGACUAACGCCGCCCAACACUGCUACAAACAGCUAUUUCGCCCAGUUUAUUCUCCACGAGGAGGGGACCGUUCGCUACGUAGACGGCGAGUCACCCGUCAUGGCGUACGAGCACCGGUCACCAGCGGGCGUGUUUGGCCUCAUCACGCCGUGGAACAUGCCGCUGUACCUGCUGACGUGGAAGAUUGCGCCCUGCCUGGCAUUCGGGUGCGUUGCCGUCGCAAAACCCAGCGAAGUGACGAGCGUCACUGCCUUCUUACUUUGCGAGAUAUUCCGCCAAGCCAAGCUCCCUCCCGGCGUGAUCAACAUGGUGUUUGGCAAAGGGGCCACGGCGGGCUCGGCACUCGUCACGUCUCCCAAAGUCCGCGGGGUUUCAUUCACAGGCGGCGUGGGCACGGGAAUCCGCAUCCGGCAAGAUACGGCUGCCGACGUGGGCAAGCACAUCUCCCUGGAGCUGGGCGGGAAGAAUCCAAACUUGAUCUUUGAGGAUGUCGAGAUGGGCAAGGCGGUCCGUCUCGCGGCCAGGGCUGCUUUCGAAAACACCGGCCAGAUAUGCCUCUGCGGAUCGAGGAUUUACAUUCACCGCUCUCGAUAUGAAGAGUUUCUACCGGCCUUUGUGGGCUAUGUGAAGCAUAAUUAUAUAUGCGGAGGGACACUAGGGCCUGUGGUUUCAAGGGAGCACUAUUCCAAGAUACGGUCUUACCUGGCUUUGGCGCAAAAGGAGUCGGCUACAUUCCACCUGGGCUCUGUUCCCGAAGAGGACCCCCAAGGCGGAUACUGGAUACCCCCCGUGGUAUUGACGGGGCUUUCCCAAGAGAGCCGGGUGAUCCAAGAGGAGAUUUUUGGUCCCGUGGUAACUGUGUCUACGUUUGAGACGGAAGACGAGGCAAUUGCCCUGGCCAACGACAAUGCGAAUGGUCUGGCGGCGGUCGUCAUGACCAACGACGUAUCAAGGAUGCGGCGUGUUGGAGAGCGAAUCGAUGCGGGCUUGGUUUGGGCGAAUUGUUGGCUGGUGAGGGAGUUGGGGACGUCGUUUGGUGGCCUCAAGGCAAGCGGCGUCGGCAGGGAGGGAGGUGUGCACAGCAGAGAGGUGUUUACGAAUCUGAGGACCGUUCACGUACCUUCAAGUUGGUGA